AUGUCUUACUACUACACUGCUCAACCUUACGCUGCUAAUCCAGUUGAUUUAGAUUCAUUGUUAUCUUUGUUGCAUCAACAACAAUUUAGAUCAUCACCCCCACCACCACAGAAACAAUCGCCAAAAUCUCGGUCAGUGCAAGGUUACCCUUCAAACUACUACGCCCCAGCUCAACAACAACACCAUCAACGCACCAGACAACAAAGGCAACCACCAAGGAACUCAAGACCCAGAGUUGUGCAGAAAUUAGAAACUGAGGAUGAAUAUGUGAUCCAGAUCUAUAAACCAUAUGGCAAUUUCAACAAUUACGAGGUCAGAGCCAUCAAAUUACAACCACCUUUGAUUAAAUUGAUCAUUUCUUCACAACAAGAUGAUUUCAAGAUUGAUUUCAAUUUUAACGUGAACUACAUUGAUUUGGAGAAUAUUAAUUGGAGAUGGUACAAACAGGAUAAUAUCUUGAGUUUAAGCAUCCCCAAAAAAUUGCAUUAUAUCCAUUCGAAUUUGAACGAUGUCAUCAAUUGUUUAUUUGGUGGCCAUAGUUUGGAUGGUUUCGAUGAACGUCAAAAACAAUUGUAUUUGGAACAUGAGCCUGUACUUGAAGAAGAACAAGAGGACGACGAGGAGGAGAAAGAGGAUCAUCAAGAAGGAGCACAACAUGCGGAUGACUAUGAUCAUGAUGAGUAUGAUGAUUAUGAACUGGGAGAUUCGGAUGACUCUUCACUUGAUGAACAUGAAAGAUUGGUCCAGGAAGCAAUUGACGCAUUGAUUGAAAAGAAGAAACAAAAGAAGGAUGCAAAGAAAACAAACAAGGAGAAGAAGGAAGGAAACAAAGAAAGUGGUGGCGUGAAGAAACAACAGCAGGAGAAUGAAGAAGAGGAGAAACAGAAAGCUUUCGAGAAGCAGAGACAGUUGGCACAGGAUGCCAUUGAUGCUGUAAUUGAAAAGAAGAAGAAGAAAGCAGAGGAAGAGGAAAGAAAGGCCCAAGAAGAGGCAGAGGCUAAGAGAAAAGCAAAGGCAGAGGCAGAGGCAGAAGCCAAAAGAAAAGCAGAGGCAGAGGCAGAAGCCAAAAGAAAAGCAGAGGCGGAGGCAGAAGCCAAAAGAAAAGCAGAGGCAGAGGCAGAAGCCAAAAGAAAAGCAGAGCUUGAGAAAGCCAGAAAGGAAUUUGCAUUGAAACAAGAACAAGAACGUCAAAAGAUCAUACAAGCACAAUUGGAGUUGGAAAAAUUAGCUAAAUUACAAGAAGAGUUGGAAAAUCAACAUAAAAAUGAUACCAAUGUCGUUGACAAGGAAGAGGAAUUGAAACCGGAGAUUCUCCAGGAAGAAAACAAGUAUCAGCAAGACUCCAAUGAAUACCAAGACUACUUGAAACAUCAACAGGAUUUACUCAACCAAUUCUUUGGUUUCAAUUUGGGUCCAGUUUUAACAUCACAGUUGCCAUCUGCAUUAUCAUCAAACUCGUCUAAUGGAUCGCAUAAGACACAAGAUGACGUGGAGAAGGACAAAACCUCAACCUCAACUUCAACCUCAACUCCAACCUCAACUCCAGCCUCUACCACGACCUCUGCUUCCACGAAGCAAGAAGCACCUUCAUCACAAAAACAGGAGCCAGCGGGAAAAGAACAAGUUAAAGUAUCAAAGCCCAAACCAGUCAAAAGCAACUCCAAUAAGGAAAAACCAGUCAAUACUCCAGUACAAAAGAUAAUCAAUGGGUCUACGGAUAAACCAUUACGCAAACUUCAUUCACCUUCUAUGGAAGAUGUUGAGGAUGAAGAGUCAAUUUUGUUUAGGAAAAAGUUUGAUCACUAG